GCCUCCUCUCCUCGGCGAUCGUGGCGCAUCUGCCAUGGGGGGCUGUUUUUUUUUCUGACGGUCGCCCGGUUGUGUCCGGUCGCCUUCGCUGUCCCGAUCGCAAAGGCAACACCGCGGCCACGGGCAAGAACCCCGGUGUCACGCGUGCCUUGCAGAAUCGCGCUCGCAUCAUGGAGAAGCCGCUGGUGUAUGCGGUGGACACGCCGGGUGUCAUGGUUCCGCGGAUCUCCAACUUCGAUGAUGGCCUGCGGCUGAUUGCCACCGGUGCUGUCAAAAGCGACCGCGUGGACCCGGACGUCGUGGCGGAGUUCAUCUUCGAGCAGAUGGGCCACCGGCCGGAGUUCCGUGAGCUGUACCGGCUGCCGGCCCUGCCGGCGGAGGACGCCCCCGCGGCGGAGGGCGACGCCGGUGCCGAGCCGACGCCCGUUGAUCUGAACGACGUGCUGCAGGCCGUGGCCCGGCGGUACAACAUCAUGGCGCCGGGCGGCCGGCACGACUUGGACGCCGCGGCCAUUCGCCUGGCCAACGACUUCCGCGAAGGGAAACACGGCCUGGUGGUGAUGGACGAUGUGUCUGGGCCCGGGCGCGAGGAGUGGCUCCGCCGGUGGAAGGAGGUGGAGAUCGCCGGCGGAGGCAGCCAAGCCGUCUAGGCAUCCCACUGCCGACCCACCGGUCGGGUGUUCCGCUUGCUGCAUGGGCGCGCCGUCGCCGUCGCCCUCGCCCUCGCCCUCGGUGGGGGCGCACGCGCAAUACACCCCAUGUGCAGGGCGGUGUUUGGAUGGGCUUCUCUUUUCCUGUCUCGGGAUUUCGUGCCUUCCUUCUUGGCGUUGUUUUUUUCUUUACUUUCGUCACAUAUACCCUCCUUCCCUGCGCCACGCCUCCCCCCCCCCCUGAUGGCUGCUUUCCCGAUUGGACCCUGGCGGAGGCCCGUACACGCGGCAGACAUCUCACUUCUUCUAUAUGAGCUCUUUAUAUGUAUGUAUGUAUGUAUGUAUGCAUGCGUGUGUGUGUGUGUGGAAAAAAGGGGCAGGCCAGCCGCGGCCGCAGCGUCACACAGGCAGAGGGGUCAGGGAGGUGGGCUGCCUGGGCACGCGCGCGCACGCUCGCGGCACCGGCGCCGUGGGGCUAUUUGUCCAAGGGCCGGAGGAGGGGCCGGGGGGGGGGGGGGAG